AUGACUGCAUUAGACGUGAGCAUUAAACCUGAUCAACAUGUAUUCAGAGGAGAGACGGUCACUAUCAGAUGUGACAUUGAUGGUGAAGGAGUCACUAGCUGGCAGUACAGCUGGUAUAAAGACAGUUCAGUCAGUGUUUUCAGUGAACUACAGGAACACACAUUCAGUCCUGUUACUGAGUCUGAUGCAGGUAAAUACUCUUGUUAUGGAGCAGAGAGAGGAGGAUCACGCAGCUCACAAAACAGUGAUGCAUUUAGACUGACAGUAUCAGAUAGAGCCCAGGCAGUUUUAAGUGUUUCUCCACAGAAGUGGUUGACUGAAGGAGAUCCAGUGACUCUGAUCUGUGAGGUUUACGGCUCCUCUACAGGCUGGACAUUCAGCUGGUUCUCUGCAAAUGCUUCAUCAGUGGCGGACUGGCCAUCUGGAGCACCAAGAGUUUUCUCGUGGACCGCUGUACAAUGUGGGACGGCCCAUUGCAGCAGAAGAGGCACCUUCAGCACCAUGGAGAGCUCCCGACUCUCAGGCUCUGCCUUUAGGGAUGAUACUGGAAAGCAGAUCUAA